GCGGGCGUUAGCAACUUUCAAGGCAGACGCCAGACAAAAGGGCGACGGCGACGCUGUUCAAUCGAGUAGACAAACAUUGAAAAUGUUGAAAGAGUUGGUGAAGGCGCGACUAAUGGCGGCAGCCGAUGAAAUAUCGGCGCUGUUUGAAAGAACAAUAGCGUCGUACGAGGAGGAACUUUCCCGAGCGAGAGAGAAGGAGCGACAUCGACAACAGCAGGAAGCUGUUAGCAAGACUCACGUUGCGGUACACAACGAAGACAUCCAGCAGCUGAUUGAUAUUCAAGAAGAACAUCCCCCUCAGCCGCAAGUGAGGAGCUCCACUUUGAAGCAUGGGGAUCCUCAGCCCCCCAACGUUAAGGAAGAAGAAGAGGAGCUUUCGACCACUCAGGGGGGAGAGUGUCUUCCAGGGCGGGAAGAAGCUGAUCUCAACAAGUUGCCACUGACUGGUGUCUCUUUGAAGACUGAAGACAGAUCACCUGAGUCCUCACAGCUUCAUCACAGUCCGAGUGAGGAGAGCAGAGGGGCGGAGCCUGCAAGCAGCAGCAGCAGCUCACCACAACACAUGACAACAGAAGCUGAUGGAGAUCACUGUGGAGGAUCACACGCAGACAAGCUUUUAGCUCUACUGUCAGAUAAUGACAACACAACGUCACACUCUCCUCAGGGUGGAGACAAUGACCACACCCAAGAAGCUUUGAGCAGCGAUGUAAACUGUGAUGGUGAUAUGAGGACUCACACAGACAACAAACACUCUGAAUGCUCUGAAAAGAAGACUGGUAAAAAACAUUUGGCCUGUUCAGAAAGAUUUUCUCUAAAAUGCAAUUUGACUCAACAAAUGUUGACACACACAGGAGAAAAACCUUUUAGUUGUUCAGUUUGUGGUAAAAGAUUCUCUCGAAACUCACACAGGCUGUCACACAUGAGAAUUCACAGUGGAGAAAAACCUUUUAGCUGUUCAGUUUGUGACAAACGAUUCUCUCAAAAGUCACAUGUGGAAUCACACAAGACAACUCACACUAGAGAAAAACCUUUUAGCUGUUCAGUUUGUGACAAACGAUUCUCUCGAAAGUCACACGUGGAAUCACACAUGACAACGCACACUAGAGAAAAACCUGACAGUUGUUCAGUUUGUGACAAAGGGUUCUCUCAAAGGUCACACAUGGAAUCACACAUGAGAACUCACACUGGAGAAAAACCUUUUAGCUGUUCAGUUUGUGACAAACGAUUCUCUCGAAAGGGACACUUGGAGGCACACAGGGCAACUCACACUAGAGAACCUUACAUUUGUUCAGUUUGUGGGGAUAACUUUACUUUAAGGUCGUAUUUGACAAGACACAUGAGAACUCACACUGGAGAAAAACCUUUUAGCUGUUCAGUUUGUGACAAACAAUUCUCUCGAAAGGGACACAUGGAGGCACACAUGGCAACCCACUCUAGAGAAAAACCUUACAUUUGUUCACUUUGUGGGGAUAAAUUUUCUUUAAUGUCGUAUUUGGCAAAACACAUGAAAACUCACAAGGGAGAAAAACCUUUUAGCUGUUCUGUUUGUCACACUCGAUUCUCUCAAAAGUCACACAUGGACUCACACAUGAGAAUUCACACUGGAGAAAAACCUUACAGUUGUUCAGUUUGUGGCAUGACAUUUUCUUUAAGGUACUAUUUGACAAGACACAUGAGAACGCACACCGGAGAAAAACCUUUUAGCUGUUCCGUUUGUGACAGACGAUUCGCUCGAAGGUCAACCGUGGACUCGCACAUGAUAACGCACACUGGAGAAAAACCUUUUCAUUGUUCAGUGUGCGGUAAAGAAUUCACUCGUAAGUCCAGAAUGGUAGAACACAUGAGGAAAAAACACAGAGGAAAAAAAGGUUGUCAAGUAGGGUUGGGGUCAAUCUCGGAUAAGAAUAAGAUAAACGAUGACGUCUGAAAUUAAAUGAACGGUCGGCAGAAACAUUGAAACCAUAAAAGCUUUGGAUGGUCUUUUGAAUGUUCAUCCAUACCGUAGAUAACUAAUGCAAUCAAUAUCAAAUAUGUAUUAUGUUAUUUACAUUUUUAUCAUGCUGCUGUCAUAGAUAAAUAAACAACUAUGAAACAGGAGUGAAAUGAAGUGGUGAUUUUGAGACGCCAGCGAUUUUUCUGAACUGAUGCCAUCUUGGCUGUGAUGUCACAACCAGAACACGUUCCAGGAACCAGAUCCAAACCCAUACAGCCAUGAACUCACAGCAAAGCCAAGAAAGUGACGUAUUAACAACAAUAACACAGUAAUAUUGUGUGAAUGCCUGACAGAAAAUGCAAAUUUUGAGCAGAUUUUGGCUUUUAUAGCCUGUGGUGUUAAACUUUUGAUCAGGCCUAUUUCAGCCUAUUUCAGUUUAUUUUCAAUAAAUUACUUUUUCACUGUGCUUUUUUGUCUUACUCUCCCUUCUUGCUUUUUUAUAUUGUAGCGCUACUUAAAAUGUCAUUAAGAUCCAAAUGUGCAAAAUGGUAAUUGUAGCAAUUUUUCAA